GAGUGUGACUCGUUUGUAAGUGCUCAUGAGUGCCGUUGAGUCAGAAAGAGUCAAGCAAAGAGAAGAAGAAGAAAGAGAACAAAAUUACGAGAAUAACAGUAUCACGUCCCUCAAGGACCAAGUAGAUAAACCAGUUGAAGAGGAUAAUCGAGUGAACUCUCUGAAUAACCAAGAUGGGAGUUGGAAGGUUAUCGACGCUCAACCUUUGAUGGACAACUUGAAUGGUCCAACAGUUACAAGUGCACAGUUGCAAGAAACUGCGUAUACUCACUUGGCUCGAACCAAUUCGGAUACAAAUAUUGCUGUCGCUGCUCUGUUCGAGAUAGCUGCUAGAACCGAUGCAAGUCGUGUAACUCAUAGUACAGAGAAUAGAAAAGAGUCCUUUAGCUCUAGAAAUGAAAGUAUGACGGCUUUAAAUGCGCGACAUCGCAAGUUUCGAAGACAGUGGAACUCUAAGAUGACUCCGGAAGAAGUACACCUGGCCUAUUUACACCGCAUGAAAGAAGAAAGUGAAUCUGCAAAGGAGGUUAAUAUUACUCGUCGGAAACGAAAGAAGGAGCUAUCGGACUCACAAGACGAGAAAAUCUCAAAGGAUGGAUAUUUCGAAAAAGAUAGUUUUGAAGAGCAGCAUGAUAAAUGGCCUGCUCCUCCGAAUUCUUCUUCGAAUAAGGACGUGGCAUUAGGAUCUAAGAGCGAUUCCGACGACUCGGAUAUCUUGGAAGGAACCGACAGUAGCGGAAAUGGGAACGGUAGCAGUAAUGACAAUAAUACAGGUACUGGUAGUGGAAGUGGAUCGAAUCAUGGACAUUCUGUAAAAAAUCCUAUCCGUCGUUCUCCUGCUUUGUCAACUUUUGAGAAAAAUGCGGAAGUGGAUAUUUGGCGUCGUAUGAAUUUCAAGUCAGACGACUAUGUGGAUAAGCUGGAUAGCAAUAAAUUUUUGUCCUUAUCGGGUGUAGGAAGCUCGUUUAGUGACUUGAAUCAAUUUUUGGCGCCGUCUAUAAGUUCAAAUGGUACAGCUUCGAGUCAUCGGAAGAAGAUGCUGUUUGGGGAAAGAUGCAGUGCAGAAGAAAGGAAGGAGAAGCUUGAACGUUAUCGCCGUAAGCGUGAGGAAAGGAUUUUCCGUAAACAAGUGAGAUAUGAUGUUCGUAAGAGGCUAGCAGAAAGUCGUCCUCGUGUUCAUGGUCGCUUUUGCAAGCCUUCUGAACAGCAAACACUCUCUCACACUCAAAAUGACAAAUAACUUGUUGCUGUACUUUGUAAAUAUGUCGUGGUUAGGAGACAACACGAAUUGUUGUGUGUAUUGUAUUUUCUUUAGGGAUACUAUGUUGGGUAUGAUAUGUAUAAAAGUGAAAUAUUACCG